GCCCUCCUCUAGAGGAAACAGCUGGGAGCAGGGGGUGGAGCCAGGAGGAAACAGUUGCUGCUCUGCAGUAACUUCGUAGGGUCCAGAGAAGGGCGGUACUUCAGGCACCGCUAUUAAGUUAUGGAGGAGGGACGAAGUCAAGUCACAGGAAAAUUGCACCACUCCUCAGCUAGGACAGGCAAGCUUGACAGCCGGCCAGGCCAAUAGCAGUGGAGCCGCUGGGAGUUAGGACGGGCGGAGCUGAAGACCCGGAGACUGCAGAUGCAGGACUUCCUGUGGCAGAUAGGUGGCAGAGUGGAUAGUGUGCCUGGAGACAGGAAGACCAGAGUUCAAACUGAGCCUCAGACACUUACUAGCUGUGUGACCUUGAGCAAGAUUUUAAAGACUUACAUUGUGUUUGAUUCAAUUUUCUCAACUGUAAAAUGAAGCCUCACUGUACCCCCUUGAAAAGGCAGAGAAAGAAGAAGAGAGUUUGCUGGGGAGUAGUGUGGAGACACUAAUUUUCUGAAAAGACUUUAUAUAGGAAAUGCCUUUUGAGCUGAGAUUUGAAGGAAUCUCAAGAUUCUGAGGGUUGGAGAGGAGAGAGUGUAUCCUUGCAGUUCUAAGGACAGCUUACAUUCACCAUGGACUGCUCACAGGAGUCUCUUAGAUGGGCCAUGUGUAAUGGAAUUCCACCUGAUAAGAAAAGCAACUCUCUUGUAGCUGAAGAACAUGGGCAACAAAUUUUAAAUGUACUACAGAAUUUUAGAGAGAAGAAUGCCUUUUAUGAUUUUAAGAUAAUUGUAAAAGGUGAAAUAAUCCCAUGCCAUCGUUGUGUAUUAGCAGCAUGCAGUGACUUUUUCAGGGCUAUGUUUGAAGUAAACAUGAGAGAACGAGAUGAUGGGAGUGUUACCAUUAGUAAUUUGUCCCCCAAAGCAGUGAAAGCUUUUCUUGAUUAUGCCUAUACUGGAAAAACAGAAAUAACAGAUGACAAUGUGGAAAUGUUCUUCCAGUUGUCAUCAUUUCUUCAAGUUUCACUCCUUUCCAAAGCUUGCAGUGAUUUUUUAAUAAAAAGUAUUGAUCUUGUCAAUUGUUUACAAUUAUUAGCCAUAUCAGAUAGCUACGGUGCUUCCCAUUUGUUUGACCAUGCACUUAAAUUUGUACAGCAUCACUUUUCCCUGCUACUCAAAUCCACAGACUUUUUAGAGAUUAAUUUUGGAGUACUGCAAAAAUGUUUGGAAGCAGAUGAAUUAAAUGUUCCUGAAGAAGAAUCUGUUUUGAAAGCAGUUCUUAAUUGGACCAAACAUAACCUGGAAUCAAGGCAAAAGCAUCUGCCUCAUUUAAUGAAAAAGGUACGCUUACAUCAGUUAUCUGAGGAGACUCUCCAGAACUGCCUGCUCUCUGAAGAUCAUUUAUUCAAAAGCACUAAGUGCUUUGACAUAAUCAGGGAUGCAAUUAAAUGUGUGCAGCGUUCCAGUGGACUCUUUCCAGAUGCACGUCCAUCCACAACUGAAAAAUAUAUAUUUGUUCACAAAACUGAAGAAGCAGGAGAAAACCAGCACACAUUUUGCUAUAAUAUUAAAACAGAUAAAUGGAAAGUGCUGCCACAGACUCACAUGGUUGAUUUGCCUGGGUCUAGUCUAUCUAGUUAUGGAGAGAAAAUAUUCAUGACAGGUGGCUGCAAAGGGAAAUGUUGCAGAACUGUUCGACUCCACAUUGCUGAAUCGUAUCAUGAUGCAACUGAUCAGACUUGGUGCUACUGCCCAGUCAAGAAUGACUUCUUCUUAGUAUCAGCAAUGAAAAAACCAAGAACCAUGCACACAUCAGUUGUGGCUCUCAAUAAAUUGUUUGUUAUAGGUGGAAAGACUAGAGGAGCUCGGGACAUUAAAAGUCUGUUGGAUGUUGACUCUUACAAUCCUCUUUCCAAAGAGUGGUUAUCUGUAAGCCAGCUGCCUAGAGGCAUAUACUAUCCAGAAGCAAGUGCAUGCCAAAAUGUGAUUUAUGUUCUUGGAUCUGAAGUAGAGAUUACUGAUGCUUUUAAUCCGUCUCUUGAUUGUUUUUUUAAAUAUAAUGCCACAAUUGAUCAGUGGUCUGAACUAGUAGCAGAAUUUGGCCAGUUUUUUCAUGCAACAUUAAUCAAGGCAGUGCCAGUAAAUUCCACUCUGUACAUAUGUGACCUUUCUACCUACAAGGUUUAUAGUUUUUGUCCAGACACUUGUGUUUGGAAGGGAGAAGGAUCUUUUGAAUGUGCAGGAUUUAAUGCAGGUGCAGUUGGAAUUGAAGAUAAAAUUUACAUAUUAGGUGGUGAUUAUGCUCCAGAUGAAAUUACAGAUGAAGUGCAGGUCUACCACAGCAACAGAUCUGAGUGGGAAGAAGUAUCACCAAUGCCAAAGGCAUUAACUGAAUUUUACUGCCAAGUGAUUCAAUUCAACAAAUACAGGGACCCCUGGUUUUCUACUUAUUUGUAUUAGCAGCAUGUAGUAGAACCUCUUUCUAAAACUAUUUCAGUUCCAAAAGACAUUUAUAGUAAACUCUGCUAUCUGGCGUGACUGGGGAAAGGCUUGUACUUGCUAAUCAAAAACUAUCGUUAACGGAGAACUACCACAUAAAUUCAUAAAGAUGUGUUAUUUAUAUGCAAAUGCAUACAUACAUGUGUAUAUGUGUGUAAUUCAUAGAUGCAUAUGCACAUGUAGUUAACAGUUCUUUAAGAAUCUGGAAGAUUUAAGAAAAAAAAAAACAUUUAAUACCAAAACAUCAGGGGUGGCCACAGACAAUCUACUUUGUUAUAAAGGUAUUGCAGAAUGUAUUGGUAGAAGAAGGAUCAACUCAAGGAAAUUAAAAAUCCUUGAGAUAUUGAAAUAACACUAAAACAAUUCUGAGGACAACUUAAUCUUACUCUGAAGAUUCACAAGUCUGCUAGAAAGACUUUUAUACAUAUUAAAGUCUUCAGCUUGGAUGAUUUAAUGAUUUAAAUACCUAAUCCAUGGAACUUUGUUCAAAGUAUAAUACAAGCAAAGCUUAUUGACCUUAGCUAUUAGAAGAAAAUUGACUGUCUAGAUAUUUUUUAAAAUAGGCAAAAUUUAUCAUAAUCUGUUAUGUAAAGUAUAAGAAAAAAGAAAUAAGAAAUGGUUGGGAUUUCUUAAAUUCCUAUCUUUCCCUUAGGAAAAAGCAAGAAGGCUCUGGAAAGUCCCAGGUAGGUGGGGGAGUAAAGAACAGUUAUUUUGGAUGUUUGUAAGGAAACAAUUCUUUAUUCUUUUUUUUUGACUCCUAUGCCAUUGCCAUGGGAGACUAUUUGAACUAUCAUGCUUUUCCCCAACUCUGGUCAUAAACAGAGGUAGUUAAGAAAGAGAUCUGGUUAGUGAGUGAGAAUACCAGAUAACAGAAUGUUUACUAUGUAAGCAUUUUAAUUUGCAGAGAUUAUGAUUUUAUACAUAUAUACACACAUUUAACAAAUAUCAGUUUGGAAGUAAGAUUUUUUUUUUAACAUCCACACAAUUCUAUGGUUGUUAUAUAUUUGAUUUAUACCUGGGAUCACAGAUCUAGAGCCGGCAGAAUCUUAGAGGCCAGCACCCUCAUUUUAUAGAUGAGGCCCUGAAAAGUGAAGGUACUUGCCCAAGGGCACAUACAUGUGAUUAAUUGAAAUUUAUUUCAUUAAUUAUUUUGUCAUUGACUUGUGAAGCCUUUUUUUAAACUAUGAACUUAAACGCAGAUGAACAUGAGCAUUUCAGUAUACAAAGAAAAACAAAAGCAGAUCAUAUAUGAAACUGUGAACUUUUUUUUUUUUGGUCAAGAGUUCAUUUUACAAUACAAGACUAACAUUAUUUAACCCUCUAUAAAAACCCAUCACAUUUUUUAGUUAAAAAAUUACUUGGUAUAAAGUACUUCACUACCUUGUAGAACCCUGAGUUAUUUUGAGGUUUUAUCUAUUUUUGCAAUAAUCUCCUUUCCUAAUCAUAAUUAGCUAAAGCCUCCUGGGCUAGGGCUAUUUGUGCAUCCAGUAUUUGACAAUGCAUGAUUUUGCAAUGGGUUGUUAAAAUGUGUCCAAAUGUGAUGCACAUGGCUCUUUCUCCCAAACUGUAAACCCCUUAUACUUUCCUUAUAAGAACCAGAGCAAAGCUGAAUACCAAGAAUAUGCUAGCACGUUGCUCUAGUUUGCUAAUAAUAAUUGAUUUUACAUAGUGCUUUAAAGUUUGCAAAGGCUUUACGUGUUUUAUCUCAUCUGAGCCUCACAGGAACUGUGUAACAUAGGUAGUGUAGAUAUUUUUUGACAAAUUUGAAACAGAAAGAUUAAAUUACUUGUCCAUCAUCAUGUAACUAGUAAUGUCAGAGACAGGUUUCAAAUUCAGGUCUUUUUAAUUGAGUUCAGUCCUUUUCUAGAUCCAGUACUUUGCUCACUAAGGCACAUUGCUCCUUGAUAUUUAGUUUAUCCAGUUUCUCUCAAAAGCUUAGGUGAGCUUACUUAAUUAUCACUCAGUUGAGGUAAACUGAAAAUUUACCUACGUUUGACAUUGGUUGGAAAGUAAAUAUCAAAUGUAGCCUAGAAAAUAACUGAAAUCUCUCACUGCCCCCACCUUUAUCAAGGGGAGACAUCUUUUAAAAUGAAAUACAAUACUGUAUACCUCAUUUAUCUGAUAGCAUUUGAGGUGUCUCAUAUUUUUAUGUUGGCCUUCUUAAUGGAAAGCUUCCUAAAGUGUAUUACAUAUUUCCCUGCCUUCAUAUAUGUUGUCUUAUGCUCCAAAUAUACUGAAUAUAAUUUAAUCUUUUAUUGAGGCACCAAGGGACAGCACAACAUAGGGAAUAGAGGACCAGCACUGGAGUAAAGAUGACAUGCUAGUUUAUGUAACACUGGGCAAAACACUUAACCUCUGAGUACCCUAGACAACUCUCUUACUAUAGACUAAAAGUUGUAGAGCAGUUGUUGAUUUGCGUUGGCAGAGAAAGCUUACUCUGGGAAAUUUCCUGUGCAAUGAAAUUAUAGGUCCAAUUUUUUUUUUAAUUCUUGACUCAGUGUCAUCAUCCUGAAUUAUGCUGUAAUGAAGUGAUACCUGGAUGGGUUAGUGACAUGUGUAAUGGUGCUGAUGUCUCCUUUACUCUUAGCUUAGCUUUUUUCAGUGCUUCAGGUUCCAGUAGCACCAUCCCCUUGCAGUUUCUAGUCUGCUGCCCUGGCUUAUGAAAGGUUGUUUAAUUUUGCAUACAAUUCUAAGCUGCUACCUCUGACCUAAGGAUAGUUCUAAAACUGUCCUGUGGAGAAAAGUGCAUGGCUUUAUAACAGUUAUUUUCCUUUAAGGUAAAUUUCCUAGCUAUGCCCUACAUGAAUGAGGUCUGCUUUCUGGAUGAGUAAGCCAUUAAUGAAUUUGCAUUCCUUAAAAUUAUAAAUACCCAAAUUUGAACUUUAGUAAGACGUUUCAUGUCUUGAAGUGUAACUAUGCUCCUUACGAUUUGUGAAUGUAAUUAUGCUAAAUACAAAGCAUGUUAAUUUGGCACUAGUCAAAACUAUAUAAUAUUGUUUUCUGAAUUAGAAAAAGAACUGGCUGUUUUUGUAUUUAUAGUAUAUAUACAUGCUUUAGAAGUGUGCCUUAUAAUGGAAUUAUUGAUUAAAACUGGUAUUUUUACUAUACCAUAUAAACUUAUAGAAAGCAUUUGAUUGCUAUGUGAUGUGUUCUUUUUUUAUGUAUGCCAAAUUUGAACAAAACUCUUAGUAAAGAAAAAUCUGAUACUUGGAGUUUUCUGAGUUAGAAUGUAGGAUUUAUUGUAUUCUAUUUUUUUAUGUCAUUUAAAGGUCAAUCAGAUGUAAUGCUUAUAUUGACUUCCUCAGCUGAUGGCAUAUUCCUCUGGCAGAUGCUUUCCCGCUGUAGUUAAAUGAUCUGACAUAAGAAAAGAUUAUGGCAUAGUGUCCAGAACUAUAACUAGAAAUUGUUUCACCUGAGGCAAAAACAGCUUGGAGGAAGGUUGCCUAGAAACUUUUACCCCGGAAGGUGAGAAAAAUCCAUAGGUGGAAGCAAGCCAUUUUCUUCUUCCUGAUGACAAUGGCUAAGAAAUUUGAUGGGAUCACACUCUUUUGACUUCUGUUGAUGGCAAUCUACUUACAUUAUAGAUUGAAUUUUUUUUGAAAAGUCACAAACUGUAGAGUCAAAUUUGAAUAUAGAUUUUUUUCCCUAGCUUCCCUUUGAUCAUAUUUGUAAAGUAAGCAGCAAUAUCAUAUUUAAGUACUCUAGAAUGAUUAAGCUAAUUUAAUUAAGUACAUUUCUUCUGAUAAAAUUAGUCAAUUGAACUACUACAAAUCAAAUACCAUCUAAAAUUUAAUUUUAACCACAUGAUAACAUCUGCAAUGCUUAUUCCCAAAGAACCCUACUCAAUGAUAAAACAGCAGGAUCUGGAAGGUACAUGGGUCAUUGAGAUCAUCUAGUCCAAUCUCAUUCCUAAUACAAGAAUAUCCUCUACAAAAUCUCUGACAGGUGGUUAUCUAGCCACUCUUUUAAAGUUUUUCCUUGUAUGGAGUUGAACUCACUGUAACUCUCAUUCAUUGAUCCCAGUUCUUCAUUCUGUAUCUAGUUAAGUCUGAUCAUGACAGCCCUUCAUUUCAAAACAGCCAAAUCAGACAGAGGGCUGGCCUUGGAGUCUUUCUUCAAGUUCUUUCUUCAGGUCUUUCUUUUGACAUGUGUAAUGGUGCUGUCUCCUUUACUCUUAGCUUAGCUUUCUAAGCUAUGUCAUUUAACCUUUCAGUGUUCCAGGCACCUAACACUAUACAGGGAUUGCUGAGCUACAUUGGUAUUAGUUUCCAUACUGGGAUUUUUCUCUAUCAGUGAAAUCAGAUCCAUAAGCAACAAUCAUAUCCCCACUAAGUCUUGCCUUUGUAGGCUAAACAUGUAGAGUUCCUUCUGUCAUUCUUCAUCAUACCACUGCCUUCCGUGGUUGUCCUCCUCUGCAUCUACUCCAAUUUGUCUAUGACUUUCUUCAAAUGCAGUACCUGCAAUUAAACAAUAUCAACUUUUUCAUAUAAUCUGUUUUACAAAGAAUGAAUAUUGGAACUUUUGGUUUUACUUUAACCUUUCCAUUUACACACCACCUGUGCUGCUAUGGUCCUCUGUGUUUUAAUCAUGUAGUUAUGUAAAUUCUAAUUUGGCUGUGAUUUGAGGCAACAUGCCAGCUCUUCCUUUAAAAGGAUAUGCAUUUUUAAAAAUAUAUCUUCAGUAUUUGCAAUUUUUUUCUGUUUCUUCAUAACAGACUAACUACCUUGUCAAGAGCAAAUAUAUGGAAUACAAAUUGUACAUCUUCCCUCUGGACAUAAUUACUGAUGCUUUGUUGCAGCUGCAUUCAGUAGAGGUGGCAAGACAUUGCCUUAUGCCAUCAUGUAUAAGAUGAGAUACUUUGCUCUCUGACCUCAUCCAAAGUUUAGAAGAAUACAGAAGUGGCUAUAUGUGUUAUAAACAAUCCGAGCUCACAUGAUAGACCAAAUAACAAUAAUAGUUCUACUGAAAAUGCAGACAACCUAUGCUCAAUUUAUUAUUUUAAGGACCCGGAAUAGGAUAAUUAGAUGCACAGAGAAUUUUUACAUCUCAUUUUAGCCCUUGAUCCACAAAGUUGAGGAACUGAAUGAUUUGAGUUUCACCUUCUUUCUCUUCCCCUAGAUAAAAGUGUUCAUGAAUAAUGAAAUGUAGAAAAGAAAGGCAAGACUAAGUUAGAAAGAAGAGAAACAAAGGGCCUAGGACUCUGCAUUCUGAAAAAUUAAUCUGUGGGAAAUAAGGAGUUGACAGUAGUACAGUCAGGAUCCUGUACCUGAGCCCUUAACUUCCAAUCAAUUAUGUCUGAUUAGCCAUGGUUGUUACAAGGAUUUUACUUUUUUUUUUUUCCUAACUGGGGGAGGGGAGCAGUCAGAGGGAGAAAAAAGAAAUGUUAAUGGCAAAUGUAAAAUAAUAAGUUCAAAAAUUAGUUUUAAAAACCUGCAAAUCAGUUCCAUGGUUUAUAUUAUCACUUGAAACCUACUGUAAGUUCUUAUGGAAAGGAAAUCUAUGAUUUUAAAUUCAGAUUAAGGAUCUCAGUAAGCAAGGAUUAAUGUCCUAAAAAAUUCAACACCAAAGACUCUUUGUGACAUUCUUGUAACAAAUCUUAUUUUGACAUAGUCUAGUUUCUUUGGAUAUUAGAUUAUUUGGCCAAAUCAGAAAGAUACUACUUUUAUGUUUCCAUUUUUCAAAUGUGUGUCAAUAUUUUUUAACAAUUGAGUUAUUUUUUUACAAAUUAUUACUGAGAAGUUUGUAGGUAUACAUAAACCAUGUAAGUGAAUUGAAGCAUGAGGCUAUGAAUUAAGCACGACUGCAAUCCAAUCUCAGUUUAUAGGUCACUUAGCUUUGUUCUGUUUCACAGAUACAGACACAACCUCUAACCCUGAGGGACCUAUUGUCUGCAUGUCCUUGAUUGCUAGAGGGACUAGACUAGAAUGUAUAAACUGCUGACUUCCACACAAAUGAGAAAAAUAACUCAAAGUAUAAGUCCUAUUAAACACAAACACCAUCUUUUUGAUGUUUAUAUGAGGGAUCAAAGAUCUUCAAUUUCCUAAGGCAUACAGAAGUUAAAUGACUUGCCUAGGACCACACAGCUAGUAAAUGUUUGAGGUAAAUUUGAGUCCAGGUCUUCCUGACUCCCAGCUGUCUUUGUCUGGUGCAUGACUAUACCAUGCUGCUUCUUUAAGAGCAAAAUGUGCAUUUAUAAUCUGUAUCAUAAUUUUAUAUAUAUAUAUAUAUAUAUAUAUAUAUAUAUAUAUAUAUAUAUAAAAUGCAACUUCUUUCCAUAUAAGAAGGAAACUAUUUUGAUACAUGGCAGGAUUUUACAUUUUAGAUUGCUAUCAUGUUAUAAUUUAUAUAUAUACAGAAGCAUGUGUCCUAUUUUUCUGUACAAUUUAAAAUUUAAACUCAAAGUUUAUCAAAGAUAAUGUAUGUACAAUCUUAAACAUAAAUAAAAGCAAUCUGAGAGGUUUCUUAUUUGCCUAA